AUGGCCAGAUCGACAGGCCGCGAAGCGCUGAACCACGCUAUUGCUGCUGCCGAUUUGUACAUGAAGGCUGCAAAGGAGACAACUUCGCAGGCUGACCGCGGCCGCUUCAGGAAAAGCUGUGAGAGGCUCAUCGCCCAUGCUGAGAAACUAAAAUACAGCCCGGUCGCUACAGCUUCUGACAGCCUGAGCGGGACCGGCUCUUCCUUGGCUGGUAGUUCUCGCUGCCAGGUGCGUCAGAUUCCUACUGGGGAGCGUACAAUCCUCCUUCGAUCAUCUCGUCUGCAUGGCAACAUUUUCCCUCCGUGGCAGACCGACCCUGCCGACGACGUGUUCAGCCCAUCUCAGGGUAUUCAAAUCUUCACAGACCCUGCCGACUUUACCAUGUCAGCACGUCAAGAGGCUAUUCUUGAUGGUUGGAAACGACCGGUCGAAAAAGCAAUGUCAGGCUCCGUAGAUGAUAAUUUCAUGGGCACCAAAGGUGAAUGCGACCUAGUGCAGGAUAUUACGACCGAUUGCUCUGUGGUAGCUAGCUUGUGUGCUGCCAUGCGAAUUCUCCUCGGCAAGAAACACUCUAUACUCGGUUCCAUCAUGUUUCCAUUCGAUCAUGACAUGGGUAGACCGAGAAUCUCGAGCAACGGAAAGUACAUUUUUCGGAUGCACUUCAACGGCUGUUUCCGCCAAGUCGUGGUUGACGACCGGCUUCCGGUCUCGCGGAAUAAUCGUACCCUAUUCGUCGUGGACCGUCUGAACCCGAAUCUUUUAUGGCCAGCUCUGAUGGAAAAGGCCUACCUCAAAGUACGCGGAGGUUAUGACUUUCCCGGUAGUAACUCUGGCACGGACUUGUGGGUUCUCACAGGUUGGAUCCCUGAGCAGCUUUUUCUGCAGAGUGAGGACGUUGACCUCGAAGGCAAGUGGGAAGAAAUCAAGGAAGAGUACCAUGCCAGCAACCUUAUUAUCACGCUUGGUACCGGCCGCUUGACUCCUUCUGAGGAGGAUGCUCUCGGUCUCGUAGGCGAGCAUGAUUACGCCGUGCUCGACAUUGACAAUUCACCAUCAGCCCGUCGUCUUCUGGUCAAGAACCCUUGGUGUGACGGGCUCGUAUGGAAAGGAGUGGGUUCUUCUGGGCUGGCCGAGGCAACGGCGAGCCUGUCACUGUCCAAGGCACAUAUAUCCGUUGAAACUCAAUCGCCGGAACACUCCCGCCCUGUGGGCUCUUUUUGGAUAUCCGUCGACGACGUCGCCCAGAACUUCGAGUCCAUGUACCUGAACUGGAAUCCGGACAUGUUCACGCAUCGACAGGACCAUCAUUUCACAUGGCGCGUUCCGUCACAGAACAUGACAUCCUCAUUAGCCUACAAUCCGCAGUACUCUGUGAGAUCUCGAACUAAUGAGACAGUGUGGAUUCUACUGAGUAGACACUUCGCAGAUGAGGAGCUGGAAAUUGCCCGAAAGCGAUCUGCUUCACUAGCUGCCGUAUCUAGGCAGUUGGGUUUCACCAGCAUCUUCAUAUUCGAGAAUCAGGGCAAUAAGGUCCAAGUCAGAGAGGGCUAUGCGUAUCAGGGGCCUUACGUUGACUCGCCGCAGACGCUGGCCAAAUUCCAGCUCCGCGCUGGUAAGCCGUACACCAUUGUCAUGGCCCACCAAGACCUGCCACUGGAAAAUUACACCUGCACUUUUACAUUAUUCUCCAGAGCCUCGUUGGAGGUGAAGCCUGCCGAAGAGGAAAUGAGCUACUACAGGGAACUGUCGAGCGCAUGGACUAGGAGGACUGCGGGGGGCAAUGCGUCUUCAAUAACGUACUCGCAAAAUCCCCAGUUCAGUAUAUUCAUUCCUCGAGCAACGCCACUGUCAAUUCUCCUCUCGUCGGCAGAUCGGGAGGUGGCUAUCCAUGUCGACCUAGUCUGGGCACACGGGAAGAGGGUCACUUCCAUCGGCGUCAAGGACGUCGUCGCUAGCUCGGGUGACUACCGAAGAGGGAACGCCCUCGUACAGGUCCCAAUAGUAGACCCGGGCACCUAUACAAUCGUCUGCUCGACCUGGGAACCAGGCCAGCUCGCUGACUUUGGGAUGCGUGUGGGAUCACACGCUGAAUGUCAGGUUCAACCCAUCCUGAAUGAUGGAGCGGGCCUACUGCGCAUUCGAACGCCGACCUUCGUCUUCGGUGAAGGGGAGGAGCAAAGGAGAGCGCUGGUGACAGUAUCAAGACUUACCAGAGCGCAGGUUGUCGUACGCUGUCCUAUAUUGACGGGACGCCACAGUCAGCACAUACCAACGACUGCUGUUCGCGUAUCUCUCGUAUACGGGCGUGGUCCUCAAGAAUCGGUCCUCACGGUGUCCGGAGGCGGCGAGUUUCGGGAGCUCACCAUGGCGGUACGGACACCCGAGUUUGACAUUGAGCCAGACCGGCUCCUGCAUGAUCAACUGUGGAUUGUGAUCGAACAGCUUGGGAGUCGCCAGGGUUUCCACAACAUUGAGGUUGAGUUCCUUAGUGAGAAUGUAGUCCAAGUCGGUAACUGGCAAGUCGUGGACGGCCUAAAUUGA